CGCAAAUCUGUUAUGCGACAUGUCGAAAAAAUAGCUGUGUGAAAUGCGGCACUACCGAGCAAUACUUGAUGUGGUUUAGUUGUAGAUGAAAGAGAAACUGUCACAUCAGACUUUUACCCACGGGUCUGUCCACUGAACCUGUCCCAAAAAAGCGAUGCUGGUCACCGUUUUCUGCGCGCCGAGGGAUCGCCCAGAAACCACCUUCGCCCUCGAUGUGUCCCCAGAACUGGAGCUGAGAGACUUUGUAGCACUUUGUGAACUAGAAUCAGGAAUCCCAGCUGGGGAAAUUCAGAUCACAUAUGUAGAACAGCCCCUAAAAGAUCCAACUCGUGCCUUGGGGAACUAUGGUGUUAAGGAUGGAGAUGUGGUGGUUCUCAGGCAAGCUGACAGAAGACCACCACCAACUCAGCCAGCCUUCCCAGGUCUACCCCAUAUCGACUUUCGUUCCAUCACAGUCCCUGGCACCUCCUCUUCAACCAAUCAACGCGGUGCUGUGCGGCCGCAGCAGCAGCAGCAGCAGCAGCAGCAGCAGCAGCAGGUUCCACAACUUUCACAGCAGCAGCCAAUGCAACAACGCCCGGCACAACCUUCCACGCCAAUGGCCUUUCGCGGCUCCUCUCCUCAGGGGCUUGACGACCCUGCCUUACUUCAGCAGAUGCUUUUAUCCAAUCCACACGAGCUUUCACUCCUCAAGGAGAGAAACCCGCCGCUUGCUGAGGCCCUUCUGAGUGGAGACUUAGAGCGUUUCACCAAAGUGCUGCUGGAACAACAGCAGGAUCGAGCCAGGAGAGAGCAGGAGAGGAUCAGACUGCUCACAGCUGAUCCUUUUGAUUUGGAAGCCCAAGCAAAGAUUGAGGAAGACAUCAGGCAACACAAUGUAGAAGAAAACAUGACCAUUGCAAUGGAGGAGGCUCCAGAGAGCUUUGGACAGGUGGUUAUGCUCUACAUUAACUGCAAAGUUAAUGGGCACCCUGUGAAAGCUUUUGUUGACUCAGGAGCCCAAAUGACCAUCAUGAGCCAAGCGUGUGCUGAGCGCUGCAACAUCAUGCGGCUGGUGGACCGCCGAUGGGCUGGUAUCGCAAAGGGAGUGGGCACUCAGAAGAUCAUUGGAAGAGUACAUUUGGCUCAGGUCCAGAUUGAGGGCGACUUCCUCCCUUGUUCGUUCUCCAUUUUGGAGGACCAGCCAAUGGACAUGCUGCUUGGCCUGGAUAUGUUGAAGAGACACCAGUGUUCGAUCGACCUAAAGAAGAGCGUGCUUCUAAUAGGCACCACAGGCACUGAAACUCGCUUCCUGUCUGAGGCUGAGUUGCCAGAGUGUGCCAGGUUAGCAUACGGAGCAGAGGGGCGGGAAGAUGCCCGUCCUGAUGAGAUAGCUGACAGAGAACUGGCAGAGGCGCUGCAGAGGUCCAUACAGGAAAGUGACACUGCAGAUGGACAAACUACCUCACAGCCCCCACCAUUUACAUUACCCAGAACCUUAGACAAAAUGUCCUCAUCCACCUCCCCCUCCCAAAGCCCGUCCUCUGGCCAGAACCAGACCCUGGAUCGCUCUCAGUCUGCUCCAGCCACCCUGACGCAGGCCUCGGCUUCAGGGCUGUGUGAAGACCAAUCUGGCCUCCAGGAACUUCCUUCAUCUUCAUCCCCAUCAGAGGAUGGAGGUCCUUCGCCUCCUCAGGUCCAUCCUUGUCCUCUGCCUGUUAACAGCAGCUCUGAAAUGCCCUCUGUUCCGAGUUCCUCAGCAGACAUCCUCCCUGUCCCAGCAGAGUUGACGACUGUGUCUCAGUAUCUUGGAGGAGAGGUACCGACUGGAACCACAGAGGGGGAUGCUGAAUCAGAUGAAGUCUCUGUCAGUCCAGAGGAGCUUUCCUCUUUUCAACCCAUGGAGCAGGAGACAACAGAGGCGGACGCAGCUGAUGCCACAGAAGCAUGUUCCAGUGCUCCUUGCCAUCUAGACUCUGUUGAAAUGGAGUCCCCAACAACCCCCCAGACAGAGGCAUCCUCUGAGAGGGACCAGCCCGAAGGAGAGCUCCGUUCUCGCUCUGACAGCAUCCCAUCGCUAGCUGCUGCUCUGAAGGAGCUUCAUGAGCUGCUUGUGUCCAACAACCGGGCUCAAUCCCAAAGUCGCAGCAGCUCCUGCUCCCCCUCACAUCCAUUUAGGCCGGAAACUGAUGAAGUUGCCUGCGAGCCACAGACUCAGACACCAGAAAUCUCCAACAUCCCCUCCACUGCCAUCACAGCUGGUGCAGAACCAAGCGAUGCCAAAGCCGACCAUGCUGCUGCUGCUGCCAUGUCUGAUGAGGGACCAUCCAAGUGUCCUGUGCUGGACUUCCCUGGCCAGGAUGAUCGUCUUAGAGGAGAUGCAGCUGACUCUGUGGAGGGACAAGGACCACCACAGCGUCCAGAGGAGGGGAGGGAUGGGAGACUUGAGCAUGAUGAAGCUAAUAACAUCAACACUUUUCAACCUGAGCCAGAGGUCCCUCCUGAUCCUGCCAGGGACCUG